GCUUUGACUUCCUGUUGGCGCGACUGUGUCAAACAGAGUUAAAAGUAAUGACGCAAAGCAAAAACCUGUUGAAGGAGUACUGCUCGGACGUUUAGCACAAUGGAGAAUGUCAGGGACAAGUUUCCAUUUCCCUAUGAGCCCUAUGACAUUCAGGAGAUGUUUAUGCGAACACUGUACCAAGCACUGGAACAGGGAAAAGUUGGCAUCUUUGAAAGUCCAACAGGAACGGGAAAAUCUCUAAGUCUGAUAUGUGGAGCUCUGAGUUGGCUCACAGACUACGAGCAGAAGAGGAAGCAAGAGGCUGCUACUCUGCUGCAGCAAGAAGAAGUAGAUCUUUCCACCUCCAUUGGUCCUUCCUCUCCUACAAGCUCGUCAGCCGAGCCUGACUGGAUUACAGAAUUUGUUCAGAAAAAAGCUGAACGUGAUUUUGUGACAAAGUUGAAAGAGGAGGACAAUAAAAGACAGAAAAGAGAAGAACGUUUAAAAAUUAUAAAAAACAACGUGGAGCUGAAAUAUGCAAUCAAAAGAAAGAGGAGUGAGGAUGAUGAGGCAUUCCGGUUGCUCCAGCUCAGUAAAGAAGAACAUCCAGAGACUCAAGGAGAAAAGGAGGACGAGGAGCUUAUUGUUGUAGAAUACGAGAGUGACGACGACGCAAAAAACAACAGCAGAUUCUUCUCACCAAACGACGAUGAAGACGAUGCGGAUGUGAAUGAAGAACAUGUUACCAAGAUUUACUACUGUAGCCGGACCCACUCCCAGCUGACCCAGUUUGUCCAUGAGGUGCAAAAAAGUCCCUUCAGUAAAGAUGUUAGUUUGGUUACUCUGGGAUCAAGACAGAAUUUGUGCGUCAACGAGGAGGUGCGUCAACUGAGCAGCAUGCAACGCAUUAACGACCGUUGCAUGGAGAUGCAGAAGAAUAAACACGAUAAGGGUCAGCCCAGUGUUGAAGGACCUAAGAGCAGACGAGGCCCGGCAAAGAGUGUGUGUCCCUACAAUAAAUCUACUGCACUGAACCUAAUGAGGGAUGAAAUUCUGGGGCUGGUUCAUGACAUUGAACAAUUGCUAAAGCUGGGCAAAGAAUUUCGUUCGUGUCCUUACUAUUCCACACGACUGGCUAUUCCACCUGCACAGUUGGUGGUGUUGCCUUAUCAGAUGGUACUUCAUGAAGCCACGAGAAAAGCGGCAGGAAUCCAGUUAAAAGGACAGGUGGUGAUCAUAGAUGAAGCCCACAAUCUCAGCGACACUCUCACAUGUAUACACAGCGUGGAGGUGUCUGGAGCACAGCUCAGUCGGGCUUUCUCUCAGCUCAGCCAGUAUGCUGACCGCUACAAGACUAGAUUAAAGGCAAAGAACCUGAUGUACAUUAAACAGAUACUGUUUGUAAUCGAAAGGCUGGUGCAGGUGUUGGGAGGGAAUGUACAGCAGAAUCCACAGAGCCAGACGCAAGUGCAAACAGGCACAGAAAUGCUCACCAUUAACAACUUCCUCUUUAAGGCUCAGAUCGACAAUAUAAACUUUUUUAAGUUACAGGCAUACUUUGAGAAGAGCAUGAUCAGCAGAAAACUAAGUGGCUUUGUGGAGAAGUACACAGGAUCAGGUAUGAACCUACACCCCCAGAGUAGCUCUAACAAGGACAACCGACGAACGGAGGGGUUAAACCGCUACCUGAAAACACUGCAGAGCAACGAAAGCACAGCUCCAGUGGCCUCACCUGACCAGCAGGAGUCUGUAGAGGCAGAGAAAGCACUGUCUGCCUCUCCUCUAAUGCAGCUCGAGACAUUCUUUCUUGCUUUCACCAACAGCAACACCGACGGCAGAGUGGUGAUACAGAGACAUGGUACGUUGUCCGAAAGCAGUGUCAAGUUCCUGCUGUUAAAUCCAGCAGUCUACUUUGCACAGGUGCUAAAGGAGUGCAGAGCUGUCAUCAUUGCGGGAGGCACCAUGCAACCUGUGUCUGACUUGAAGCAGGAGCUGUUGUUUUCUGCUGGAGUGGUGGAGGAGCGCAUUGUUGAGUUUUCCUGCGGUCACGUUAUUCCUCCAGAAAACAUCGUCUCUCUCGCGCUCUGCACCGGACCCUCUGGUCAGGAAUUGGACUUUACGUUCCAAAAUCGAAAUUCUGUAAAAAUGAUGGACGAGAUUGGACGCGUUCUCUCCAACAUUUGCAACAUCGUGCCAGGGGGAGUGGUGUGUUUUUUCCCUUCUUACGAGUACUCGAGGCACAUCAUUUCUCACUGGGAAACUAGCGGAACUCUGGCUCGUCUGGCGAUCAAGAAGAAGGUUACUGCGUUCCAACUUCUUUUUCUUUCGGCUGUGUCCCUUUUUCUCUGGGGUUGCCACAGCGAAUCACUGAUUUUCCAUCUCUCCCUGUUCUCUGCAUCUCCUCGCAGUGAAGGCAGGAGUCCGGGACAAGCUCUGAUAGAAAACCUCUGCAUGAAGGCUGUUAAUCAGUCAAUAGGAAGAGCCAUACGUCACCGCGGUGAUUAUUCAUCUAUUGUGCUCUGUGACAAACGCUAUUCCAGACCUGCCACACUCGCCAAACUUCCAACAUGGAUCAAAGAUCGCACCAGCACAUGCAAGUCCUUUGGGCCAGCUUUCGCUUCAUUACGGAAGUUCUUUCAGGGAAAGAACCAGAAGCAGUCCGAAUAAUUUUGAUGUCAUACAGUUGAAUAAAGAUGAGUGUCAAGAAAAUGUGAAAGACCUUUUAAUAUGAGUUAACUUCACUGUGAAGCUUAAGGCUGAAGAGACAG